UCGCCACGAUCAUUUAGACAUCAUUGUCAAAAAAACGUCACCGGUUUUUGAGGUUAUAAAUCUAAUCAAAACUCGAAUUCUCAUUAAAAAAAAUUGUGCAAACGUGGCUAAUUUCGUUUAAUAAUCAUGGCAAAGCGUUCCCAACCCGAAUGGACCCCUUACGAAAUAAAAGACGCCCCGGUUUUAAAACUUUACAACAGUUUAACUCGGCGCAAAGAGGUUUUUGUGCCCAAAAAUGGAAAAAAGGUGUCUUGGUAUAGUUGUGGACCCACCGUUUAUGAUGCUUCCCAUAUGGGACACGCAAGGUCGUAUAUAACUUUUGAUAUACUACGAAGAGUUUUGAGUGAUUAUUUUGGUUAUGAUAUCUUGUAUGUUAUGAAUAUUACUGAUAUCGAUGAUAAAAUUAUUAAAAGGGCUCGACAAAAUUAUCUUUACGAACAGUAUUUAAAUGAAGAAAAAGACUUGAAGGAUGUUUUAAACGAUGCGGAAUUAGUUAUGAAAAAGUUUACUGAAACAGCGAAAGCGACAACGGAUGGCGAUAAAAAGUUAAUGUAUGAUAAAUUAUUAGAACGAUUAACGUUAGCGGUUGAAAAUUUACAAAAUUCCAUUAAAAAAGGGGAUAAAAACGAAAUUAUUUUAGCAAAAACCCAAUUUCUUAAAGAAUGCAAAGAUCCUUUAUCAGAUUGGUUAGAUUCUCUAUUAGGAUCUUCUGUUACAGAGAAUAGGAUAUUUUUUGAUCUCCCAAAUCAUUGGGAAAAAGAAUUUCAUAAAGAUAUGGAUGCUUUAAACGUUUUAAAACCCCACGUUUUAACCAGAGUUAGUGAAUAUAUCCCAGAAAUUAUCACGUACAUUCAAAAAAUCAUCUCGAAUGAGCUUGGUUAUGAAGCAAAUGGGUCUGUUUAUUUUGAUGUUUCAACUUUUGACUCAAAAAAGCAUCAUCACUAUGCCAAAUUAGUCCCAGAAGCUUAUGGAGACACUAAAAGUCUUCAAGAAGGUGAAGGAGAUUUAACCACAAGUGAACAAACAUCAGAAAAAAAAUCACCGAAUGAUUUCGCGUUGUGGAAACGAAGUAAAGCUGGUGAACCCGCUUGGGAUUCCCCAUGGGGUAAAGGACGACCAGGGUGGCACAUCGAAUGUUCCGCGAUGGCCACAGCUAUUUGUGGUGAAAAUUUAGAUAUCCACACCGGAGGGGUUGAUUUAAAAUUUCCCCAUCACGAUAACGAAAUAGCUCAAAGCGAGGCGUAUUUUGAUUCAUCCGAAUGGGUUAAAUAUUUCCUACAUUCAGGACAUCUUACAAUCGCGGGUUGUAAAAUGUCGAAAUCGUUAAAAAAUUUCGUCACCAUUCAAGAUGCCUUGAAAAAUUACACAUCAAGACAAUUAAGAUUCGCGUUUUUAUUACAUUCGUGGAAAGACACUUUAGAUUACAGCGUAAACACGAUGGAGAUAGCAGUUCAAUAUGAAAAAUUAUUCAACGAAUUCUUUUUGAACGUCAAAGACGUUACGAGAGGGACUAUUAAUCAAACGACGACCGAUUCGACAUUCUUAAAAUGGAACCGAAACGAAUUGGAGCUAAACGAAAAGUUUUUGUCCACGAAAAACUUGGUUCAUAACGCUUUAUGUGAUAACGUUGAUACGCGGAGCGUUUUGGAGACGAUGCGAGAUCUUGUUACGGCGACUAAUUUAUAUUUGAGGGAUCAAAAAAUCGUUAAUAAUUUGUUAUUGUUUGAUAUCGCGGUUUAUAUCACUAAAAUUUUGAAAAUUUUUGGCACCAUUAAUGAAAAUAACGAUGUUGGGUUCCCAAUUUCACAACAAACAACCGGAAAUAUUGAAUCAAUAAUAAUGCCUUAUUUAAGUAUACUAGCGGAAUUUCGCGAUAACAUUCGCCUCCAAGCAAAAAAUUUAAAAGCAACGGACAUUUUAAUACAAUGCGAUAAAUUACGAGAUGAAAUUCUCCCAAAUGUCGGUGUAAGACUCGAAGAUAAAGAAGGCGGAUUAAGCGCGGUUAAAUUGGUGGAUAAAGAGACGUUGUUGAAGGAAAAAGAAGCGAAAAAACAAGCUGAAUUAGAAAAAAUAAAAGAGAAGGAGAAGAAAAAAGCUGAAAUGUUAGCAGCUCAAGCUGCCAAAGAUGCUUUAAAACGUGUUAAUCCCAUCGACAUGUUUAAAUCUGAGAAGGAUAAGUAUUCGAAAUUUGAUGAAAUGGGGUUACCCACUCACGACGCGCAAGGAAAUGAGUUAAGUAAAGGUCUCAUUAAGAAAUUACAAAAAUUACAAACAGCACAAGAAAAAAAAUAUAAAGAAUAUUUAGAUUCUAUUCAAAAAUAAUAA